AUGAGCGUCUACAACCAGUUUGUGCCGUCAGUUGGAAUCGAGAACCGUACAAGUCUGCGUUAUUUAACUGCGCACCAUGUGCGGAACCUAGCGACGCAACCAGCUGUUCGACUUCGGCCCCGAUUCCUCUCGGUGCGUAGAGUGGGUUGGGCGCGACCUCUACUGCGCCUCCGCAGCGAGGUUCCCGCCACCGUCCAUGGCGCAGAUAUAUACCAUUCACCACUGUUUCGGAAGCACUGGCCAUAUGGUGAAGACUUGGACGAUGAACCCCAGCACCCGGAGUGUCCUCACCGGGUAAUCGUCAUUGAACGUGCUUUACACGAGUCACAGUUACCGUUGCACUGGCACGAGGUUCCGCGUUUCCGGGAGCCGUUUGCCGCGAACUGCGCGAAACUGCUGAAAAUAGUCGAGGCUAGCGGGCUCGAGGCUCUGGAAAAGGAGACGGAGGAUCCAGCUCUCGCGCGGGCUGUCCGAGCGGCCGCUGCGGUUCAUUUUCUGGACCAUAUAGCGGAGAUCCACCGCCUCGUCCAUGUGCGCGGAGCUACUCGCAUCGACAUGGAUACAUAUUUGAGCGACGAUACACUUGAAGUUGCCCUCAUGGCUACUCGGGCUGCUUUGGAAGCCACCGACGCGGCACUGAAGGACCCGAGUCGCCUGGCUUUUGUGGUUUCGCGUCCGCCAGGACACCAUGCUACCCGAGCAACCGCCAUGGGCUUUUGUUUUCUGAGCAACGUCGCUAUCGCCGCGCAUGAGGUUCUCAAACGCUCCGACAAGGGUGAAUUCUCCAGACCAAUAACCAGAAUCGGUAUUCUUGAUUUCGAUGUGCAUCACGGGAACGGAACAGAGGACUGCGUUCGACAGCAGGAACGGAUCCGCUUCGUUUCACUGCACGAGCACCCGCAGUACCCCAUGACUGGGGGGAAUCCGAACGAACACGGUCCAAAACAUAACAUCUGGAAUUUUCCGCUACCUGCCGGGACCGAUUGGCACAACGGCUAUGCGGAAGCGUAUGCCGAGGCGCUCAACCGGCUCUGCAGCGGUACGGAUCGAUCGGAUGUGGUUAGCGACCUCGACCUGGUGCUCGUCUCUGCUGGCUACGAUGCACUGGCGAGUGAUCCACUAGCUGGGUUGCAUCUGAAACCAUCAGAUUACAGUGAAAUGGCUUUUCAGCUGAUUCAUCGACUCAAACCAUCUACUCCCGUAGUCUUCUGCCUGGAAGGUGGAUAUGAUCUCAACGCCAUUGGUGAGGCCGUCUCCCAGACCAUUCAAGGCGCGCUUCGAGCUCGUGCCGAACAGCCUCAGGCCGUCGUCUGA